CGGCCGUAGAUUUCGGCCAAGUGCGCCUGCGCAUAAGAGUAGCGGCGUUGAGUCAGGCAGUCAGUGGAGAAAACUGCGGUAGCGACCCUCAGACCUCGCCAUGAAGACUCGCUUUAGCACCAUUGACCUCCGCGCGGUACUCGCGGAGCUGAAUGCCAGCUUAAUAGGAAUGAGAGUAAGCAAUGUUUAUGAUGUGGAUAAUAAGACCUAUCUUAUUCGUCUUCAAAAACCAGACUUUAAAGCUACACUUUUACUUGAAUCUGGCAUACGAAUUCACACAACAGAAUUUGAGUGGCCUAAGAAUAUGAUGCCAUCUAGUUUUGCCAUGAAGUGCCGAAAACAUUUGAAGAGUCGGCGAUUGGUCAGUGCAAAACAGCUUGGUGUGGAUAGGAUUGUAGAUUUUCAAUUUGGAAGUGAUGAAGCUGCUUAUCACUUAAUCAUUGAGCUCUAUGAUAGGGGGAACAUUGUCCUUACAGAUUAUGAGUACCUAAUUUUGAAUAUCCUGAGAUUUCGAACUGAUGAGUCAGAUGAUGUUAAAUUUGCUGUUCGUGAACGCUAUCCAGUCGAUCAUGCUAGAGCUGCUGAGCCUUUGCUUACCUUGGAAAGAUUGACUGAAAUAAUAGCCAGUGCACCUAAGGGUGAACUAUUGAAGAGAGUUCUUAAUCCAUUACUUCCCUAUGGACCAGCUCUCAUUGAACACUGUCUUAUAGAAAAUGGAUUAUCUGGAACUGUCAAAGUGGAUGAAAAAUUUGAAAGUAAAGAUAUUGAAAAAGUACUUGUUUGUCUGCAGCAAGCAGAAGACUAUAUGAAAACAACAUCCAACUUCAGUGGAAAGGGGUACAUCAUUCAGAAAAGAGAAAUAAAACCAAGCUUGGAAGUUGAUAAACCGACUGAAGACAUAUUCACGUAUGAGGAAUUUCAUCCUUUCUUGUUUUCUCAACAUUCACAAUGUCCAUAUAUAGAAUUUGAAUCAUUUGACAAGGCUGUGGAUGAAUUUUAUUCCAAGAUAGAAGGUCAGAAAAUAGAUUUAAAAGCUUUACAACAGGAAAAACAAGCAUUGAAGAAAUUAGAUAACGUCCGAAAGGAUCAUGAAAACCGAUUAGAAGCUCUUCAACAGGCUCAGGAAAUAGACAAACUUAAAGGAGAGCUCAUAGAAAUGAACCUACAAAUAGUUGACAGAGCCAUUCAGGUUGUUCGAAGUGCUUUAGCCAACCAGAUAGAUUGGACGGAAAUCGGGUUAAUUGUGAAAGAAGCCCAAGCUCAAGGAGACCCUGUUGCAAAUGCAAUUAAAGAAUUAAAACUACAAACAAAUCAUGUUACAAUGCUACUAAGAAAUCCAUACUUGUUAUCAGAGGAGGAAGAUGACGAUGUUGAUGGUGACAUCAGUGUUGAAAAAAAUGAAACCGAACCACCAAAAGGAAAAAAGAAAAAACAAAAGAAUAAACAGCUGCAGAAGCCUCAGAAAAAUAGGCCAUUACUUGUUGAUGUUGAUCUCAGCUUGUCAGCAUAUGCCAAUGCCAAAAAAUACUAUGAUCACAAGAGGUAUGCUGCUAAGAAAACACAAAAGACCGUUGAAGCUGCUGAAAAGGCAUUUAAAUCAGCAGAAAAGAAAACAAAGCAAACCUUAAAAGAAGUCCAAACAGUUACCUCUAUUCAGAAAGCAAGAAAAGUAUAUUGGUUUGAGAAAUUUCUGUGGUUCAUUAGCUCAGAGAACUAUCUAAUUAUAGGUGGACGAGAUCAGCAACAGAAUGAAAUAAUUGUGAAAAGAUACUUGACAACAGGGGACAUUUAUGUACAUGCUGAUCUUCAUGGAGCUACUAGCUGUGUAAUUAAGAAUCCAACAGGAGAACCCAUUCCCCCUCGGACCUUGACUGAAGCGGGCACAAUGGCACUUUGCUACAGUGCUGCUUGGGAUGCACGAGUUAUCACUAGUGCUUGGUGGGUGUACCAUCAUCAGGUGUCUAAAACAGCACCAACUGGAGAAUAUUUGACAACAGGAAGCUUCAUGAUAAGAGGAAAAAAGAAUUUCCUUCCUCCCUCAUAUCUAAUGAUGGGGUUUAGUUUCCUCUUUAAGGUAGAGGAGUCUUGUGCUUGGAGACAUCAGGGUGAACGAAAAGUCAGAGUGCAGGAUGAAGACAUGGAAACACUGGCGAGUUGCACAAGUGAACUCAUAUCGGAAGAAAUGGAUCAACUAGAUGGAGGUGAGAGUAGCAGUGAAGAAGAUAAAGAGGAAUCACACGAAACUCCUGUGGAAAUGGAACUCAUGACUCAGGUUGACCAAGAGGAUGUCACUAUUCAGAGUGGUAGGGAUGAGCUAACUGAUGAACUACUUCAGGAAGAAAGCUCUGAAGAUGAAGGAGAAUCCGAAGAUGUAGUAAAAGAUCAGGAACCUGUUGGUGAAAUGAAGGAUGAAGGGGAAGAGACAUUAAAUUAUCCUGAUACUACCAUUGACUUGUCCCACCUUCAGCCCCAGAGGUCCCUCCAGAAAUUGGCUUCAAAAGAGGAAUCUUCUAAUAUGAGUGACAGUAAAUUACAGAGCCGGAGACAUUUGUCAGCCAAGGAAAGAAGGGAAAUGAAGAAGAAAAAGCUUCCAAGUGACUCAGGGGAUUUAGAAGUGAUCGAGGUAAAGGACAAAGAAAAAGAAAAUACUCUACAUAUUGAAACUCAUGCAGACACAAGCAAACGUGCGCCAGCCGUGCAGCCGAUGAAACGAGGCCAGAAGAGUAAAAUGAAAAAAAUGAAGGAAAAGUACAAAGACCAAGAUGAGGAAGAACGUGAACUCAUCAUGAAAUUGCUGGGGUCUGCAGGUUCAAACAAAGAAGAAAAAGGGAAGAAGGGGAAGAAAGGAAAAACAAAGGAUGAACCUGUAAAGAAACAGCCCCAGAAACCUAGAGGUGGACCAAGGGCUUCAGACAGCAUAAAGAAAGAAACUCCCUCCCUUGAGGUUGUAACUCAUGAGUUACAAGACUUGGCCGUAGAUGAUCCACAUGAUGACAAGCAGGAAGAGCAAGAUCUGGAUCAACAGGGUAAUGAGGAAAAUCUCUUUGACUCUUUGACUGGGCAGCCACAUCCUGAAGAUGUAUUACUGUUUGCCAUUCCAAUAUGUGCCCCUUACACCACCAUGACAAACUAUAAAUACAAAGUGAAACUUACUCCUGGAGUUCAGAAAAAGGGAAAAGCGGCAAAAACAGCCCUGAAUAGUUUCAUGCAUUCCAAAGAAGCAACAGCAAGAGAAAAAGACUUGUUUCGCAGUGUAAAGCCCUAAAGCCACAGCUUCUUUCCCAAGCUGCGUCAUGUUGUGUCGAAGUUCUCUUUCUCCGCCUAAGCCCCGAAAAACACAUGGCUCUACUACACCCACAGCAGUGCCUUGCAAAAUCUUUUAGGCACAGAACACUUUCUUCAAACAAAAUCUUCAGCAAAGCCUAACUGAAGAGGAGCUACGCUUGUUAAGAUGGGAGUCGGGACGGGUGGUCUGGAGCCUGCCCAACACCAGUAUGCUCGUCCCCCAGGUGUCCCAAGGCCUGUGAAAGAAAUCCCUAGAGCGCCUAGGAGUACAGUCUGAAACUCUGUCAUCCACACUGAACCACUUGGCGUUCCCAUAAAUAAGACAUACUUGUUUAUACCUCUGCCUCUUGAUAUCUGUAUCUUGGCUACCCCUUCCAAUUAUGAUUCAAUUCAACCCUCUUGGGUGAAGACUUUCCUUAUUCUGUUCCUCCAUCCUGCCAAACACAAUGUCAAGGAUUCUUUUUCAGAUUUAACAAUAUUUAAAUACUUAACAAUAUUUACUGAGCUAUUAUACUAUGAGCUCUAUGUAUCUCCUUAUAUGCUACUGAAAUCAGCUACUUCUUUUGUGUGUCCCUUUUAGAAUGUGAGUUCCUAGGGGUGGGGACUGUAUCUUUCAUCUCUGUGUCUCCGGAGUCUAACCAAAGUGCUCACAAGGUGCUAAGUUGCUAAAUAAAUUUAUGAGUCUCCCUAAAUCAUAUGCACCUUUCUGACUGACAUUUGUGUCUUACUGGCUUGAGACAACAACUGUUCUCUUGUUCCGAUUUGGGAAAAAACACCGACAAAGUCUGAACAACCAGUAUCUUAUAGUGCCAUAUUAUAGGAAUGUUAGUAUAUAAAAUGUUGUCAGUAUUAAUUUAUCCUUAUAGCUGAGUGGUGGUCUGCUAAUUUUUACCCUGCCCCUCAUGAUUGCAUCUUGUUUUCAUUUGGCUUACUAAUAUUUAUCUAACACCCCAGGGUUCUAAGAGACUAAGCAGCUGCAGAGAGCACAAAGCAAAACCACUUAGGAAAUUACUGCACAUAGGUUAUCAACCAAAGUUGAUUUUACCAAAGGCCUAGAUGUAGACUGGUAGACAAAAUACUAAAAUAAAAUGCACAUUCAUACCAUUAUCACAUACGUGUAUUUUUUAAAUUGGGACAGGAGUAAGUAUAGACUAACCUUAGAAAUCUGAAGU